AUUUCCUUCAUAUAAUUCUUUUUUUUACUAUCACUGUUCUUAGUUCAUUACUAGCAAGCUAUCAUGUCCGGAUUUCCCACUCUUAAGCCUGCCUUCACAGUUCGGGUGAACAUAGAUGCUCCUCUAGCAGUUGGCAGCGCCUCUCGAUCCAACCCUCUGCAGGUUGUGCCUAUGAUCGGAGGUACCGUCAAGGGUGACUCUGGUUUCUCCCCCGCGCUCGACGCCGAAUUCGUCGGAGUGGGCAAUGACUACAUCCACGCUGAUGCCGAUGGCAAGCACCUGCGAUUGAACGCGCAUGGAGUGCUUAAGACCAAGGAUGAUGCUCUUCUUUACUUGAACUACACCGGUGUCGUCACCCUCACCCCCACAGAGCAAGCGGUCUUCGCCGGUACCGCCCCAGAGGGCUCAACGCCUUUCGGCAAUCUCUUCACCCAUUUUACCUUCGAGACCGGCGACGAGCGCUACAAGGACCUCGAGAACCGUGUUUUCGUCGGUCAGGGACGCUUCAACAUCGAGAGCGGCAAGCCGGUCGUCGAGUAUAGAGUCAGCCAGGUUCUCCAUGGCUAAGUCAGAUUCUUUCGCAAUAUUUUAUACAAUUGCCCCGGUAUAAUGAACCACAAUCGAUGUACCCACUCCAAGCGAAAUGUUAAACAUGCUCUCGAUUUCCACAGACUAUUUUCGUAGACUGGAUUACAAAGUAGUAAUGCGAUGGCUUACUACAUGCAUACCAAGCUUUCAAUCUCCAUCCAGUAACGGUGUCCUCUCAGAGUUCCCAUUC